AUGGAUGACAGCAGCACCUACAUAGAGUUUGACGUGCCAGAGUUCAGCAACACCGUCCUCAACCAGCUCAACGAGUUGCGACUCCAAGGGAAGCUAUGUGACAUUAUCGUUCACAUCCAGGGCCAGCCGUUCCGGGCCCACAAGGCUGUGCUGGCGGCCAGCUCGCCGUACUUCCGCGACCACUCGGCCCUGGGAACCAUGAGCGGCCUGUCCAUCUCCGUCAUCAAGAACCCUGAGGUGUUUGAGCAGCUGCUGGCCUUCUGCUACACUGGCCGAAUGUCCCUGCAGCUCAAGGAUGUCAUCAGCUUCCUCACAGCAGCCAGCUUCCUGCAGAUGCAGGCCGUCAUCGACAAGUGCACCCAGAUCCUGGAGGGAAUCCACUCCAAGAUCAGCAUCCCCUCCAGCGCCACCAGCCCAGACAAGGAGGGCUCCCAGGCCAGCCGUAACGGUGUCAAAGACAGCAGCCUCUUCAUCAACCCCACACAGAUCUCCCCCCCGUACUACUCCAGACACAGCAUAGAGGCCCGCUCUGAGCUGGCAGCAGGGAAAGGCCAUGGCAGGGCGCGGCACCAGGAGGAGGGCCAGUCAGACCGCGGCAGCAGUGACGGUGUGUCCGAGCAGGAGGCAGCCAUGGAGGGAGAGACGGAACAGGUGGAGCUGAUUGGGAAGGAUGGCCUGGUGACAGACGUGCAUGUGAAGCUGGAAAAGACGGACCGACCCAGCUACUCCGACAGCUCCUCGGCAGGCGACGAUGGCUACUACACAGAGCUGGUGGAUGGAGAGCAGGUGCUGGCUGUCAGUGUGGGCUCCUAUGGUCCUGUCAUCCAGCCGACCGGCUACACUUACUCAGGCCUGUCGUCUCCCUGCUUCGUCAGCCUCAGUAGCUCCAGCUCCUCCCGCUCCAUGCUCAGUGGCUUCAGGGGCGGCCGGGCCAGAGCCAAGCGCCCCCCUGUAGCCGUCCCAGCAGAGGUCCAGUGUCAGAUCAAACCAGGAAACACAGAGGACCGCAGCGAAGCAGUGUUGGGCCAAGCAGGCUUUGAGAAUGACGUCCAGGAACUGAGCCUGCGCAGCCAGUGGUACCCCUACAACGAGAGGCUCCUCUGCAUCUACUGCGGCAAGUCCUUCAAUCAGAAGGGCAGCCUGGACCGCCACAUGCGCCUGCACAUGGGAAUCACACCCUUCGUCUGCAAGUUUUGCGGCAAGAAGUACACGCGCAAGGACCAGCUGGAGUACCACAUCCGUGGCCACACGGACAACAAGCCCUUCAACUGCCAGAUCUGUGGCAAGUGCUUCCCUUUCCAGGGCACCCUCAACCAGCACCUGAGGAAGAAGCACUUGGGGGCCACAGAGGGCACCAACCACAUGGACUCUCCAGAGAGGACGGAGGGGAGCUCUGGUCAGAAAGACCCAGAGGAUGCCUCUGAGGGGAUGGCCUUUGAGACGCAGUAUGCUGAGGAGGCUCCGGCCACCGACAUGGAAGAAAGCUCAAAGUGCAGCCCCGAGGAAGCCCAGGUGUCCAGAUGUGAUUAUUAG